AUGGAUAACCAGAUGGAUCAUCUCCAGCAAGUUUCAGCCGUACCGCCGCCCUUGCCCAAAAGAGAUACUGCUAAGCAACACUUCGUCGACAGCGGUGUUUAUAGCUCAAGUGAUCACGAUGUAUUGAAACAAACGAAAGUAUCACGUCCCUUUGAUAACGAAGCUUAUUCAUCUCCUGCGUUGGAGAUAUCAAACUCGACAAUAGAGAACUCUUCAAC